AUGUUGGUUUCAUCAUCAGAGCAUCAUUAUGAACUGUUCUGGCGGAUCUCCUAUUAUGGUCAUGUCAUCAGAUUAACACUUUCCCAAUGCCAUCCAAAUUCCCACGACGGAUUGGCAACCCAACAGUCCUUGUACCCCGAUCCCAGGAGUCACUUGAUAGCCGCACCCACCAUACCCCUCAACUCGAAUAAUGAAUCUUUCAAACCCUCCAAACUCUUUGAUGUCUCCGGCAAAGUUGCCCUCAUCGCCCGAGGCCGCAGUGGCGUUGGCUUUAUGGCAACCCAAGCUCUCGCCACCGACAGCGCCGAAGUCUAUAUCUGUGGCCUCAACAAUACCGGCACCGCGCUCAAUACACAACAGACCGAAGUAUCCUCCGCCGAAGAGAUGUCACGCAACUCGUUUGAUGACUCCAACGAGACCUUCGACAUGUGGGCCGACAGGGAGCGCACGAACGUGGCACAACUCUUCAUGACUACCGCGUUCCUCCUGCUCCACAUAUACACGACGAUAACUUCUCCGGCACCGCAAUCCACAUCACCUCGAUCAGCCGCCCAUAUCCCGCGCAACAAGUACAAGGAGAAAAUCUCCGCCGCACGGUCUGGCGAAGAUAGGGAUAUGGCGAAUGCGAAUCUUUUUGCGGCGACGAAUCAGUCCCUUAAUGGUCAGACCGUUGCUGUCGAUGAUGGGUAUGUUCUCAGUACGAGCAGUGCAUCACAGUUAUGA